GUAGAGGGUAGUAGGGUUUGCGUUGGUCCACUCUCCCACCUUCAUAGUAGGGUUUGCGUUGGUCCACUCUCCCACCUUCAUUAUUCAUCUGAUCGUCUGUAUUGAUUGAGCAGAGAUGCGACUUACGCUUGAGUUUGGUGGCGGGCUCGAUCUUCUGUGCCAAUCCGUAAAAGUCCAUCAAGUUGAUGUUACUCCUAAAGUUGAAGACGGGAAGUUAACAUUGCGUGAUCUGUUGUCUUGGGUUCGGAUUAAUUUGAUCAAAGAAAGACCAGAAAUGUUCAUGAAAGGGGACUCCGUGAGGCCUGGUAUUCUGGUUCUCGUUAAUGAUUGCGAUUGGGAAUUAUGCGGUGGCCAUGAUACGGAGCUAGAAGAAAAAGAUGUGGUGGUUUUCAUUUCUACCUUACAUGGUGGGUAAUUUUUCAGAAGUGAGAAUUAGUGUAUGUUUGAAUGUUAACAGUUCCUGAUCAAAGCUUGAUUAAAGCUUAAACAUUUUAGUUCAGGAGAUUAACCAUAUAUGUAACUUGCCAUCAUCUGGUGUAAACUUGUUAAAAGAAAUUAGUAAGUUAAACGUGCCAAUUCAUCUGCUC